UUGGUGCGGUAGGGUUGUUGCUGCUGCGGUUGCUGCUCGGUUGGUGAGGCGCGCCGCGGCGGAUGGGGAACUGCUGGGGCGCGCGGAUCAAGGAUGGGAGCACCCACCCCGGCACCUCAGGAAUGUUCUCAAGGAGUAGUGGCAAAGAUGGAAGUAGGCUUAGUGCCUGCAGCAGUCGAGCCUCUUCCGCUUCCAUGCCUCCAAGUGCGAAGACUGAAUGUGAGAUCUUGCAGUCAGCCAAUGUUAAGGUCUUCAGCUAUAAUGAUCUCAGGUUAGCCACAAGGAACUUCCGUCCUGACAGUGUGCUUGGCGAAGGAGGGUUUGGAUCUGUCUAUAAAGGAUGGAUUGAUGAGAAUACAUUGUCAGCUUGCAAAUCUGGCACCGGAAUACCCGUUGCUGUGAAAAGACUCAACCAGGAAGGUUUGCAAGGGCACCGAGAGUGGUUGGCGGAAGUUAAUUACCUUGGUCAAUUUUGCCAUCCCAACCUUGUGAAGCUAAUUGGGUAUUGCUUGGAAGAUGAGUACCGGCUGCUAGUGUAUGAGUGCAUGCCACGUGGGAGCUUGGAAAAUCAUCUUUUCCGGAGAGGCUCACACUUUCAACCACUUUCGUGGAACCUAAGAAUGAAGGUUGCACUUGGAGCUGCAAAAGGACUAGCCUACCUUCAUAGUGCAGAGGCUAAAGUUAUUUAUAGGGAUUUUAAGACAUCCAAUAUUCUUCUUGACACAGAUUAUACUGCAAAACUCUCUGAUUUUGGAUUGGCAAAGGAUGGUCCUGUUGGUGAGAAGAGUCAUGUGUCCACAAGGGUGAUGGGAACAUAUGGUUAUGCAGCUCCAGAAUAUCUGUCAACAGGCCAUCUUACUGCAAAGAGCGACAUCUACAGCUUCGGGGUAGUGCUUCUGGAGAUGCUGUCAGGCCGUCGAGCCAUCGACAAGAACCGUCCCCAGGGAGAGCACAACCUUGUUGAAUGGGCCAGGCCAUAUCUCACGCACAAGCGCAAGAUAUUCCGUGUCCUGGAUACCAGGCUGGAAGGCCAGUACUCCCUCAGUGGUGCGCAGACCAUCGCCGCCCUUGCUGUUGAGUGCCUCAAGUUCGAAUCAAAGAUGAGGCCGUCCAUGGACGCGGUGGUCUCAAUUCUGGAAGGGAUUCAGGACUCCGGCGAGGCAGCCAAGAAGCUGGCAGCAGACAGGCAUCAGGACCCCAAGGGCGCAGGCAGGAAGAUGACCAGCGCGAGCGUCGGCAGGAACAGCGACAAACCUCGCAGGAAAAGCUCGAAUGACCUUCAGAAGGCGGCCGGACGAGACCCAAAGACGUUGGUGCUUCACUCGUCGUAGCAAGGUGGUGUUUGAGCCUGUUAGCUAGCUAGGGUGGUAGUUUGUAAAAAUGUGGUGUGUAUAUUCCGGAAGGUCAUCAGGCUUUCGUCCAGCAGGCCUCUCUUCUCUCCCUCUCCCCUCCUUGUCAGGCAGGGGCUGCUCAACUCAAGUUAAGGGUGGAUCUAUAUGUCGUUAAACUCAUGGCAUUGGAGUCAAAGCUCACUGUUGUGCCUUC